AUGACACCUACACCACCGUCCACGACGCCCUCCUCGGGAUCUGGCCGUUCUCCCGAGGAGCAGUUCCGAGUCGUCAGGAAGAGAAACAGGGUACCCCUCAGCUGUUACCCUUGCAGGACCCGGAAAAAGUGUGACAGGAGCCACCCAUGCAGUAACUGCGUAAAACGUGAGGGUGCCGAUACGGUGUCAUGUUCUUAUGCAGCUCCUGCCACGCGUAAAAAGAAUCAAAGUCAAGGCGACUCAAGCCCUGAUGACAUGCAGAAUCGUAUUGACCGUUUAGAAGGCCUAGUAUUGUCUUUGAUGCAUGGAGGUGCGAGUAUUGAUCCCGCAACCGCAGCAGCAGCAGCCGCCGCCGCGACUGGCGCUUCGACCAGCAAAUCGACGACCGACAGUACCCCGGCCUCGGCAAAGAUCGAGAACGACGAAGAGGCAAUGCGGGAAGAUGACGAUGGCGACUACAGUGACCCGGAUGGCGGGCUUGCAACCUCCUUGGGCGUGUUAAAAGUUGACUCUGAUAAGGGCAAGUCCAUGUAUAUCGGUCAGGAGCAUUGGCAUACGAUACUGGCGGAUAUAUCAGAAGUGAAGACUUACUUCAUAAAUCACAAAAAAGAGCUGGAAAGCAGCUACGAGAAGGUUAUGAUGUCCAAGCCCCCCAGCGCCAGGGAAGGGCCUACAUUCUUGUUGGGUGCUGCACCCGCUACGGAGAUUGAGCUUCGGGCAGAACUACCGCCUAAAUCAGCCGUGCUAGCACUCUGCUCAAGGUACUUCAACUCUAUGGACAAUGCGGUGAACAUCAUCCAUUCGCCAACCUUCCAGCAACAACUUCGGGCUCACUGGCAGGAUCCGUCAAAAACACCCAUCAUGUGGCUGGGUCUUCUCUAUUCGAUCUUGUGUCUGGCUAUGCUCAGCUACCACAAGGUAGGAGACGAGCCACCGGAGUGGAAAGGAAGGACAUUGGACUUGGCGUCUGAGUACCGACUGCGCACCGUGCAAUGCUUGAUUGCAGCCGAUUACACAAAACCUGUUGAAUACACGGUAGAGACAAUGCUCCUCUACGUUUUCGGGGAAUACUCGUCGCGGUGGGAUGCCGAUCUGGGGCUCUGGUUGAUCGUCUCACUGCUCACCAGAGUUGCUUUCCGAAUGGGCUACCAUCGUGAUGCAAAGUGGUUCCCCUCGUUGACACCAUUUCAAGCUGAAAUGAGACGGCGGACUUGGGCAUUAGUAAGGAUGGCAGAUGUUGUCUUUUCUCAUCAAGUGUCGUUGCCUUCCAUGAUUUACGGACACGACUGCGACACCCAAUUUCCGAAUAACAUCUUCGAUGAAGAGUUUGGGCCUGACACUAAGGUCUUGCCCCCUUCACGGCCAAAGACAGAGCCAACCCCCAUAGCGUAUAUGAUUGCCAAGGUCAAGCUUUGUAUUGAGAUGGGCGACAUUCUGCAGGCAACCAACCGAGUGGGCAGACAAGUACCGUACGACGAGAUUCUGCGGUUUGAUGCCCGGCUUCGAGAAAUUAACCAGGAACUGCCACCCCACCUCAAAGUUACGCCCUUGGAAGGCUCACGCGACCCAGUAACCCUGAUCAUCGCGAGAUACAACAUCAACAUUCUCUAUCUCAAGAUCAUUUGCCUGCUACAUAAGAAGUAUGUUCCUCGGGCUAGGCAGAACCCACGAUACGCGUACUCCCGUAGAAGCGCAGUGGAAGCUGCUUUGGAAACAUUGCGGCAUCUGGUGACGCUUGAUCGGGAAUCGCAAGCGAAUGGCCGACUUCGCUCGCUGAGGUGGUUUGUCAAUUCGAUUGCUACUAAGGACUUCCUUCUUUCCGCUAUGCUGGUUGCUCUUGACCUUCACUUCGAUCGCGUAGCUGAGACGAGCAACGAUCGGAGAGCAUCAGAGUCAGCAAUGUUCUGGACACCAGAACAGAGAAUGGAGAUGAUGGGCAACCUUGAGAAGACCAAAGAGAUUUGGAAAGGGCUUGCCGACACCUCAAUCGAAGCCUACAAGGCGACUAAGGUUCUCGAGAUCAUGCUGGAGAAGAUCAGGAGUCCCAGCCCUGAAGCGGAGAAAUCAAAGAACGAACAAUUCUCGAGCUUUGACAACAGUCCUGAAAUGCAGACGGAGCACAACGCUGCCGUGACGCUCGGUAUGCUUUCUGGGGGGAUGACGCCCAACACUGCAGCCGCCAUCGAGAGUUCUUUGCAGACCCCCAACAACUUCGGCGGAAUGGACUUUGGUAUAUCAUUGCCAACGGCAGGUACAGGAUUCACGCCGAACUACUCUGGGGGUGAUUUUGGUGUGAAUGGCGUGGGGUCUCCGCUCUCAAUGUUUACGAACCUCGAGGCGAACGGAGAUUUCCCCGCCAAUUUUGAUUGGAACGCCUUCGAGUCGUUCACGCAAAAUGCGAACUGGGGGGGUGACGUUGGCUUCCAGCAAAUCUACCCAGGGCAGUCUUCUCCAGAAACGGAUGGUUCCGGAAGGCCAUAUAACGGCAACAUCGACAUGGCGGGCUAG